ACGUACACCUCAACAUCUCUCUAGCAAUAUCAGACCUUCAUCUCAACAUCACUGAAGCAAUACCAGACCUUCAUCCCAACAUUACUCCAGCAGCGCGGGUUUGCUAUGGAGCAGCAGUACGGAAGCUGAUUCUCGAUGUCAUGGAAACAGAUGCUUGAAUAAGAGCGUCACAUCCCACUGUUUGAAGAGGGACUGACCGUCAGAAUCCAUCGCUGUGAAAAAGCGGCAGUGGCAUCAUGAACUUCUUCUCACCAAUUCUCUCGCUUGUGUUGCUCUUCUGUAUUAGAGUAUCGGGACAAUGCUGGCAGGCCGCAACCUACUCUGAGAGUGUAGUGUCUCCGGAGCUGAGGAGCAGCAGUAUUUUGCGGGUUCCGGAUGUUUCGUCUCUGGCCCAGUGUGCGGGGGCCUGCUGUGAUCUCUCGGGCUGUGACCUGGCCUGGUUUUUUGAGCGUCGCUGCUAUGUCCUUAGUUGUCAGCACAAAGAGAACUGCCAACCGAAGCAGAGACCUGGUACUGACUCUCUCCUGGCAUUUCUGCAGCGUGGGCCCCCGCAGACACUGGUUCUGCAGUCCCUGGUUCGAGGAGAGUCUUUCCCAAACCACUGGCAGCCCCUGCCCAGGCACAGAGGCUCUGAGGACCCCAUGAAGGACUUUGCCUUGUUAGAAGGCAUUCAGGAUUUGGACAACACUGAUGCUGAGUAUGCCGAGAGUUUCCGAAGUUUGGAGGACAAAAGAGCUGAAGACAGAGAUGCUGCAACAGUAGAACAAGAAGAGCGGCCUGGGCUAUAUGAUUGGCCAAUUGUUCAAGGAAAAGAAGAAUUCAACCAAUCAGAGACAGAGAGAGUUGGUGAAAGACUGACGACAGUGCAGGGCCCUCUUGAAAGCAGCCCCUUUCCUCCAAGUCACUUCCCAGAAAUGAGGAAUGAAAGCAAAUCAUCUCUUAUUGAAGCAGAUUCUGAUGUUAAGCCCCCAUUAAUCACGACACUUAACACAAGGGUUGAAGAAGACCCACAGAACAUUUCAUCUGCUGCUGCUGCACCUAACGUCCUGCAAGACAUCAGCACAGAGCCAUCGGGGUUCAGCACAGUCAGUGGUUCCUUCACUACUCCACCCAGCACUGAGGCCACACCGCGAAUGAUCUCAGAAGAGCCAGUAAUAGCGCUGACUGUGUCCAUUAGUGGCCCUGUGGAAGCAACACUGCCUCAAAAUACUGUUGAACUAACUGCUUCUGUAAAUCACGAUGACACUGCAGAAGCUCCUUACACGUAUGAGUGGACUUUGGUAACCUCACCGGAUGGACAUCAUGGAGUAAUGGAGGGGCGGCACAACAAGUCUGUCAAAAUUUCAGAACUUUCAGUGGGUGUUUAUACCGUCAAAGUGAGUGUGAAAGCGCAACAAGCGUAUGGAGAAAGUGCUGUGAACUUCACAGUACGCUCUGCAGUGAAUAUAAACAAGCCUCCAAAAGCCGUCACUCUGCCCAUGAGCCAAGAUGUGCUUCUCCAAGAAGGUCCCAUCUUCAUCAUUAAUGGCAGUCAAAGUGUGGAUGAUGCUGGAAUAGUCAGUUACCUGUGGGAGAAGGUGGAUGGCCCUUUUUGGCAACCUGAAGGCCCUGUUGAUACACCUGUACUGCAGCUACAAAAUCUUUCACCAGGAGAAUACACCUUCAAGCUGACAGUGUCUGAUUCUGAUGGGCUGACCGACUCCAGCACUGCCACAGUAAGGGUCAGCAUACCAAAAGAUGACCCUCCUCGGGCCAGAGCAGGCGCUGACCGGGUCGUCACCCUGCCUGUCAGCCACCUCACCUUGUGGGGUAACCACAGCACGGAUGACCACGCCAUUACAAGCUACCUCUGGACUCUCCAUCCCAGAAGCCUGACCCAAAAGGUCUCCAUGCAGGAUGUGAGAUCACCAUUCCUGCAGCUCUCGGAUCUCCAGGAGGGUCGGUACAUGUUUCAGCUGACAGUCACUGACUCCAGAGAUCAACAGGAUUCAGACACUGUCUCAGUCACUGUUCUGCCUGCAAACAAAGCACCAGUCGCUAUAACAGGACCAGACAGGCAGCUUCUCCUCCCACUCAACAGCAUCACAUUGAAUGGCAGUGACAGCACUGACGAUCAGGCCAUCAUCAGCUACCAAUGGAACUUGAUCAGUGGCCCUCCAGGCUUGAAGAUAAAAGAUGCCAAUAAAGCAGUUGCCAUAGCGACGGGCCUGAGAUCUGGGAAUUACAAGUUUAGGCUGACUGUGACAGAUCAGCAGAGAGAAACAGACAGCGCAGUCCUGACCCUCACCAUUAAAGAAGCAAAAAGCUUGCCAUUGGUUGCCCAUGCCAGCGGCAGUCACACACUCACUUUACCCAACAACUCUCUGGUGCUCAGGGGCUCCGUAUCCAACAGUGGAACAGCAAAUGUGUCUUUUCUUUGGGUCAGAGAUGAACAGAGCCCUGCUGCCGGGGAUGUGUUAUAUGGUUCAGAUCAUGAGGCCUUCCUUUACCUCGCCAACCUGGUAGAAGGAACAUACCUGUUCCAGCUCCGGGUCACGGAUAUCCAGGGCCGCUCAAGCAUGGCUACAGCUACUGUGGAAGUACGCCCUGAUCCACGCGAGCGAGAGGAGGUGGAGCUUGAGCUGCAGGUGGGUGUGGCUCAGGUCAGUCAGCAGCAGAAGGAGACAGUGGUGAGACAGCUGGCCGCAUUACUACAUGUUCUGGACUCAGACAUUGCACUGAAGGGCCUGCAUGGCCAGUCAGACAUCAGCACAGUAUUUAGGUUCUCAGUGCAGGGUCCUGAUGGUACAUUUCCAGGGCCUAAGCUCGCUCGUCUGCUGAGAAACCAGCUGUUGCGAGAGAAAAGUGACUUCUUGCUCUUUAAGGUCUUAAGAGUGGACACAGUUAUGUGUUUGCUGCUGUGUUCUGGACGUGGUCAGUGUGAUCCCAUAACAAAGAGCUGUUCCUGUGACCCUCUUUGGAUGGAGAACCCCAUUCGCCGCUUGCUUGAUGAUGGCGAGAGCAAUUGUGACUGGAGCGUGUUGUAUGUCACAAUCUCUUGUUUCGUGACAAUCAUUUUCCUCUUGUCCAUCAGCUGGAUUUGUGUCUGCUGCUGUAAAAGAGGGAGACGCACUAAAGUGAGGAAGAAAACCAAGUACACAAUACUAGACAACAUGGACGAGCAAGAAAGGAUGGAGCUUCAGCCAAAGUACAACAUUAAACACAGGAGCACAGAGCACAACUCCAGCCUGAUGAUGUCAGAAUCAGAGCUGGACAUUGAGCAGGACAACCUUUUCAACUACGGGAAAGCUCGGAACAGAGCCAAUGGAGCGGUCAGAAAUGGAGACACUCUCAGCCUUUGUCCUGUGGAGGGUUGAGUCUCACAUGGACACAUGGACAUUUCUUCAUAUGGAUAUUUACAACGCAAGGGUAUUGUUGAAUAUUCCACAAAUACAGAUGCAGACAAAAGACUGGCUGAAAGAAUGGGUUGCUAAACUACUGACUACUGAAUACAUUUGGUCUUAUAAUGAAUAUUCACCGGUUUGCUGAAUGAUACUUUCAGUUACCAAUUGCAUAUUCUUUUUGGACAUAAAAAGACAUGUGCAGUCAACUCACACAAUCAGAGUUGUUCUCAGUAUGUUCUUAAUAAUGCUUGUAUAUUUCAGUGACAGUGCAAGCAAUUGACAUCAGUUAUUUUGUUAUUUAUAUGAUGCUUCUAUGAUACAUUUGGGGAAGAAGUUGCAAGUAACUGCUGCAUAGAAAAGCAAAAGCAAAAAAGAAAGCAAAUACCAUUCUUCUUUAUGCAAAACAUUUUAUUUCUACUGAACUUUCUGAAUGUUAAUGUGCCGACUGAAAUGCACUCAUUUUGUUAUGGUUUGUCAGUAUUUCAGUCAUUGGUCUUUGUCUUUAUAGCAUUCUGGUUUUACAACCUUUUAAACAUUUCUGCUAGGAGAUGCAUUUCUCCUAUAUCCUUUUUGUUUUAAUGCAGCAGGAGAUGCAAAAAAUUAAAGACAUACAGUAUGGCCCUUUACAAAGGUUAUAAGACGUUUUAUAACCAAAAGUUCAAUAUUUAUAGAAUUGAGUUCACAUGAAUAACAGCAGUGUGUAAUUCUGUGUUAAUGUGCAUAUUCUGGCUUAAUUUUAAAUUAGUGAUGAAAAUGGCACAACUAAACGAACAGCAGAAGUUGAAAUGUUUCUUUACCAAGGCUUUCAGAUGCAUGUUUAGUCUUUGUACCUUCAUGUGCUUAUCUGCAAAAUUUCACUCCCAAGGUAAGAAAAUGAAUAUACUUAUAAACAUUUUCAUACAUAUAACACUUCACAAUACAAUUAGGUAUAUCAAUAGAAAAUUAAUAUUUACAACAAUUAAAAAAACAUUACAACAGAGAACAGUUAAAAAAA